AUGUCCUCAAAUAUAAUGCUGAAAAAAAUGCUGCUGAUGUUGAUUUCUUUUUUAGUAGUUUCCUGGAUAUUUUUUACAAUUUCUCAAAAAUCCACAAAGCUUUGGUCUGUUCUAAACUUACCCACCUUUUCCCAUCACUGGAACAUAUAUACAAUGUCCUUAUUCCCUAAAACUCCAUUGGGCCCAUUAAAGACACUAACAGAGACUGAGCUGAGAAUAAAGGAAAUCAUGGAGAAACUAGACCAGCUGAUCCCACCCAGACCUUUCACCCACGUGAACACCACCACCAGUGCCUCGCACAGCAGAGUCACCAUACUUAACCCCAGAGACACAUACUGCAGGGGGGAUCAGCUGGACAUCCUGCUGGAGGCGAGGGACCACUUAGGAUGCAGGAAGGAAUAUGGUGGAGAUUUCUUGAGGGCCAGGAUGUCCUCCCCAGCCCUGCAGGCAGGUGCUGCAGGAAAGGUGACCGACUUCAACAACGGGACCUACCUUGUCAGCUUCACUCUGUUCUGGGAGGGCCGGGUCUCCCUGUCUCUCCUGCUCAUCCACCCCAGUGAGGGGGCAUCAGCUCUCUGGAGGGCAAGGAACCAAGGCUAUGAUAGAACUAUUUUCAAAGGUAAAUUUGUUAAUGGCACCACCCACAUCUUCACUGAAUGUGGCCUGACCCUAAAUUCAAGCGCUGAACUAUGUGAAUACCUGGAUGACAGAGACCAUGAAGCCUUCUACUGCGUGAAGCCUCAACACAUGCCCUGUGAGGCACUGACCCACAUGACCUCCAAGAAUCGAGAAAUUUCUUAUCUUACUGUCAAGGAAAAAAGCCUUUUCAACAGGUCUAAAGUAGGAGCUGAAAUGGUGAAAGGCUUGAAACACAUUGAUGUCUCCCGAUGUAACAAGGACAGUGAAAUGAUAAAAGAGAAAUGCCAAGUUGGGAUGAAGAUUCCUGUCCCUGGUGGUUAUACUUUGCAAAGACGGUGGAUAACAACAUUUUGCAAACAGAUUCCGUUAGAUACAAUUAUGAAAAAUGGCUGUUUGAAAGGAAAACUCAUUUAUCUCUUUGGAGACUCUACGCUACGCCAAUGGAUCUACUACUUACCCAAAGUCAUAAAAACACUAAAAUUUUUUGAUCUUCAUGAAACUGGAAAUUUUAAGAAACAUUUACUUCUGGAUGCAGAAAGACACACCCUGAUUCAAUGGAAAAAACAUAGCCUUCCUUUUGUCACUCUUCAGCUCUACUCUGUGAUAGAUCAUGAUUAUAUUCCUCGGGAAAUUGACCGGCUAUUGGGAGACAAAAACACAGUCGUCGUCAUCAGCUUUGGCCAGCACUUCAGAUCCUUCCCCAUGGACAUUUUUAUUCGCAGGACCAUCAAUGUUCGAAAGGCUAUUGAACGACUGUUCCUAAGAAGCCCAGCCACUAAAGUGAUCAUUAAGACAGAAAACAUCAGGGAGAUGCAUAUAGAGGCAGAGAGAUUUGGUGACUUCCAUGGCUACAUUCAGUAUCUUACCAUGAAGGACAUUUUCAAAGAUCUCAAUGUGGGCAUCAUUGAUGCCUGGGAUAUGUCCAUUGCUUAUGGCACCAAUACUGUCCAUCCACCUGAUCAUGUGAUUGGAAAUCAGAUUGACAUGUUCUUAAACUACAUUUGCUAA